AUGUCGCUGUGCAGCGGCGUGACCGGCCCACUGAACGUGCUCUUCUUCGGCACGCUGAUCGGCGUUAUGGUGGACUAUGGCACGCAGAUGGGGGAAGCGAUCUCAGCGGCGGCGGUGUCCUACAUGUCGGGCUAUCGACAACUGCCUAACGACACGCUCACAGACGCUGUGCUGCGCGUCAUGUACUCCACGGAGCCCAUCUCAGCUGCCGGAAACGUCACGGCCGCCGAAGCCACGGACACCUUUCUCCAAGGCAUACAGACGUUCGCCAUCCACAACUCCUUCAUUGGCGUCCUCAUGUUAGUCUCCAGCCACAUCGCCAUCGCCAGCUUCAACCACGUCGGUUUCACUCUGAUCCACCGCAUCCGAGGGCGCUUCAUGGAGUCCGCACUGCGACAGGACAUCAGUUGGUACGAUGUCCACCAGUCCGGAGAGUUUGCCAGUCGCCUGUCAGAGGAUAUGCAGAAGAUGGAGGACGGCGUGGGGGAGAAGGUGCCGAUGUUCGUGCAGAUGGUGGUGUCCUUCCUGGGGAACGUGGGGCUGGCGCUGUUCCGCGGCUGGGAGCUGGCGCUCAUCUGCCUCAUCUCGCUGCCCGCCGGCACCAUCGCCAUCGGCGUCGUCGCCUUCAUCUCGGCGCGCAUCGCCAGGAAGGAGAUGCAGGAGUACGGCAAGGCGGGCGCCAUUGCCGAAGAAGUCCUCGGCUCCAUCAGGACUGUCAUCGCCUUCGGAGGUCGUGACAAGGAGGUAGAAAGGUACAAGAAGAACUUGGGUACUGCGAAAGACCUCAACGUCAAGCGAAGCUUCUUCAGUUCCAUGAUCUUCGCCUUCCUGUGGCUGUUUAUAUACUCCGGUUACGCCCUCGCUUUCUAUUACGGUGUGGGUCUCAUCAUCAGAGACAUGGAUAAGGUGGACAAAGUGUACGACGCUUCGACUAUGGUCACUGUUUUCAUGGGUAUCAUGUCAGCGUCCAUGAUGUUCGGACUGGCGUCGCCGUAUAUCGAAGUGUUCUCGAUAUCCAGAGGAGCCGCAGCCAAGGUGUACGCUGUCAUCAGCCGCGAAUCUCAGAUCGACAGCAUGUCCGAGGAAGGCGACCGGAUGGACCAGGUGGUUGGCUCCAUCACCUUCAAGGACGUGAAGUUCGAGUAUCCUAGCCGCAAAGGAGUAAAGGUGUUGAAAGGUCUGAAUUUAUCGAUCAAAGGUGGUGAAACUGUAGCCAUAGUGGGAAGUUCCGGCUGUGGAAAAUCGACAUGUAUCCAACUCAUACAAAGAUUUUACGACCCUUUGGAGGGCGAGGUGCAACUUGAUGGCCACGACAUAAGGAAUCUGAACGUGGGCUGGCUGCGCUCGCAGAUCGGCGUGGUCGGGCAGGAGCCGGUGCUCUUCCAGACCACCAUAGCGGAGAACAUCCGCUACGGACGGGACGGCUGUUCCAUGGAAGACAUCGAGGAGGCCGCUAAGAUGGCCAACGCACACGGCUUUAUCUCCAAGCUACCACUGGGCUACGACACAAUGGUAGGAGAGCGCGGGGCCCAGCUGUCGGGCGGCCAGAAGCAGCGCAUCGCCAUCGCCAGGGCGCUGGUGCGCCGCCCCAAGAUCCUGCUGCUGGACGAGGCCACCUCUGCUCUGGACACCGGCAGCGAGGCCAAGGUGCAGGCCGCGCUGGACAGGGCCAGUGUUGGUCAGACGACGGUUAUCGUGGCGCACCGGCUAUCGACCAUCCGCAACGCGGACAAGAUCGUGGUGAUUCACGAGGGCCGCGUCGUGGAAGAAGGUCCGCACGACCAGCUGAUGCAGCGGCGCGGCCACUACUUUGACCUGGUCACCAGGCAGACGAGAGAGGCCGCCAUAGAGGCAGCACCCCACGCCGAGGACAAAGGCGCGGGACUGCAGAAGCUGGAUAGGCUGGUGAGCGUGCGCAGUGACCACUCGGCUGUAGAAGAGGAGGAGGAGCUGACGGAGGGCCAGCGGCGCCUGGCGGAGCGCUACGAGGAGCCGGCCGUGCAGACGGCGACGAUGCUGCAGAUCCUGCGCGUCAACAGGCCGGAGUGGCCGCUGCUGGCCGGGGCGACGCUGGCCGCCGUCCUCAACGGCUGCGCCAUGCCCGUCUACUCCGUGCUCUUCGGCAGCGUGCUCGGGGCCCUCGGGACUACCGAUCCUGUGGAAAUCCGUAACAAUACCAACAUAUACUGUCUAAUGUUUGUCAUCCUCGGAGUCGUCGCUGGGCUGUCCUCUUUUAUACAGAGCUACCUGUACGGCAUCGCUGGCGAGAAACUGACGUUGCGCUUUCGAGAAUUGAUGUUUGAUGCGAUGCUGCGCCAGGAGGUGGCGUGGUUCGACGACAAGAACAACAGCACUGGGGCGCUGUGCGCCAGGCUGUCCGGAGAUGCAGCAAAGAUACAGGGGGCGACGGGCCAGCGCAUCGGCACGGUGACGCAGUCGCUGGGCACGCUGGUGCUGGCGCUGGUGUUCGCCAUGUACUACGAGUGGCGCGUCGGCCUGCUCGUGCUGGCCUUCGUGCCGCCGCUGUUCGCCGCGUUCUACGUGCAGGGCCUGCUGGUGCGCGGCGAGAUCCUGAGCACGUCCAGCUCUCUGGAGAAGGCCACCAAGGUGGCGGUGGAGUCGGUGGGCAACAUCCGCACGGUGCUCGGUCUGGGCCGCGAGCGGCAGUUCCUCGCGCAGUACAUGGCGGAGCUGCAGCCGGCGCUCGACGUGUCCAAGCGCCGCGUCCACGUGCGCGCCCUGACGUACGCGCUGUCGCGGAGCGUCGGCUUCUUCGCGUACGCCGCGGCCAUGAGGCUCGGCGGAUCGCUCAUCGCGUCGGAAGGCCUGCCCUACGAGAACGUUUACAAAGUGUCAAACGCUCUCAUCAUGGGUACAAACAUUGUAUCGAACAUCCUUUCCUUCGCGCCUAACUUCCAGAAGGGCAUAGACGCCGCUUCUAACGCAUUCCACCUCUUCAAGAGACAGCCUAGAGUUCUCGAUGCCCCUGACGCUCUGGAAGACAAGUGGAAGAGCCACGGCGAUGUGCGCUACUCUGGCGUCGAGUUCGCGUACCCCACGCGAGUUGCCAGCCUGGUGCUCAAGGGCCUAGACUUGGAGGUGCAGCCAGGCCAGACAGUGGCACUGGUGGGGCCCUCUGGUUGCGGCAAGUCCACCUGCAUACAGCUGCUCGAGAGGUUCUACGACCCUAUAUCUGGCAUUGUGUCACUGGACGGCCGAGACGUGUCAAAGGUCAAGAUGGCGAACUUGCGGGAGCAAAUGGGUCUUGUGUCCCAAGAACCAGUGCUGUUCGACAGGACCAUUGCAGAGAACAUCGCAUAUGGCGACAACUCCAGGGAGGUGACCAUGGUCGAAAUCAUUGAAGCUGCCAAAAAAUCCAACAUCCACAACUUCAUCGCUUCUCUGCCCCAGGGCUACGACACACGUAUGGGAGAGAAGGGCAUGCAGCUUUCUGGAGGGCAGAAGCAGCGCGUGGCCAUUGCGAGGGCGCUCGUCCGGGACCCUAAGAUACUGCUGCUCGACGAGGCUACAUCUGCACUCGAUGCCGAGAGUGAGAAGGUAGUUCAGGAGGCGCUGGACAAGGCGAAGGAGGGGCGCACGUGCAUCACGAUCGCCCACCGGCUGACGACCAUCCAGGACGCAGACGUCAUCUGCGUCAUCAACGACGGCCGCGUCGCAGAGCGAGGCCGACACGCUGAGCUGCUGGAGCGACGCGGCCUCUACUACAAGCUGCAAAGCCUGCAGGCGGGACACCGGUAG